AUGUGUCUGUCGUGCAGCUGUGACACCAAACCCGUUGGAACGGCUUCGUCUAGCCCAUGGCGGGACGAUUGCACAUUGGUACUCAAAAACACAUGUUUGUCGUACAACCGCCAGUACCAGUGGCUGAAUGGAAGUACACCAAUGACGGACCGCUCAGCCCUGCUCAUAGAUGGACAGCGGCUACGGUUAAGGCUCCCUGUACCAGCCCGCAAGGCAGGACUUGCGGUCAAGGAAUUCGCAGUUACAACCCAUGUUGCGCCAUCCACGGCUAACCUCGAGCCAUGGGAUGGGGAGCUCGUGGGACCUGGGAUGUUUGGCGCUCUACUGUUUGUGUAA